AUGCAUUCAUAUUUCAGGAAGAAAAAAUGCUAAGAAAAUAUCGUAGUAUAUUGGAUGCUUUUUAUAUAGCUUUCCUUAAUCCUUAAUUUCUCGUGAGUCGCGCAACUCGCAACAAUUGACAGGUGAAAUUGUCGCGCGUAACGCCUUCUACUAAAGCUGUCUUCUUCUUCCUUCUUUAUAUGUCUCUCUUUCCACAAACUUCUCUUCCUCUUUGUGCUUGCUUUCCUCUGUUUCUCUCCCUGUUCUGUCUGAAUAAUCUAUUCAAAGAUCUUUUCUAGACAAGAAUAUCAUCAAAUGGAAUCUACUGAACGACAAGACAUAGAUUUCUGUAGCUCUUUUUCCAAGGACACAACCACAACUUUCUUGACUCCAACCACAAGCUCGCUCCGAUCCGACUCGAUAGAUUCACCAAAGCCACAAAACGAAGUUGAAGAAGAGUACGUGGUAGAGCUGACUCGGCAGAUGACUAACUAUAUGCUUCAGGACGAUGAAAAGCAUCAGAAGUCUUCUGGUGGUGGGUCUGCCUCGCCGCAGUCGACUCUUUGGUCACCAUUCGCCUCCGGUUACAGCAGCCCUGUCGGCCCUUCCCGAGAACCAUCACCGCCGCUAACUCAGGCAACGGCGGUGGAGACAAAACCUGUUAUGAUUCCUUUUCAAACAAAACAAGCUUUAAUCGAUGAGCAGAUCCGAUCUGUUCAAGCUAACUUCCAUAAGAUGAAGAAGGAGAAACACAAGCAAGGAAAUGAUGACGUAUUAGGACACAAAGCAAGAAGCUACAACCACCGACAGACACCGAAGUCUGGCGUGAAGGCGGUGUUCGUUGACGGGUCGGGUUCGAGAACCGGGUCUGGUGGGACUGGAGUAUUCUUACCUCGUGGUCAUGGUACUGUCGUGGAGUCGCGCAAGAAAUCAGGAUGUUCGACAAUAAUAAUACCAGCAAGAGUAGUUGAAGCCUUGAAAGUUCACUUUGACAAAUUGGGUGUUCCAUCUACAAUUUCUUCUGAUAUCCCUCCUUUUCAUGAUGCUUUGCUGGUUUCCAUGAAGAACAAAAACAACAGCAGUUACAAAAGCAAUUCAUCAACUCGGGUACAGUGUGGACCUCUGCACCUGGAGGAGACGUCGACCGAGAGCCACCAAGAACCACUGGCGGAUUUGCCACAUGAAUGGACGUACUGAUCAAAUAUUUGCAUGCUCUUUCUUGGUUGCUGAAGUUAUAGGUUCUCAAAAGGUAGUGUCUUUUUGAUAUUUUAUAGUGGGUCAAAAUAUGAAAUAAAUAAAGUUUUAAAAUCAUCAUUUUAUUGGAUAUAUAUAUAUAUAUAGAUUUUAGAAGGGAUUGAAUUUGUUAUUUUUUUAUUGGUAGUUCCUUAAGAUGGGUUUAGUAAAAUCAAUAAUUCCUCUGAUAAAUGAAUAAUAAAAUAUAUGCAUAUAUAUGUUCAUAUAUAUUGCAUUUCUGUAGCAGUAAAACGGAUGGGUUGUUUUUUUGUAAUGUAAGAUUCAUUGUAAUACAAGCAUAAUAUGAAUCUCCCCAGUGUAAUAAAAAGACUACUAGAUUAUUACGUCUUCAUUCUUAUGUAAUGCUUUAACUCUCUUACAAAUCAAGGUUAUAGAAUUACAGUUAUGGUUUUUGGAAAAACUAGUUCAGUGUUCUCUAUGUUCAUCUACGGAACACGUUAAGAUGCGUGGAAAAGAUAUGACGUGCUCGUGGUACCUCGUGGGUGGUCUUAAAUCCGCAGACUUAUCGUAAUGUCCAACAUGUUUUUUCUUGACUUAGUAUUUGUAAUUUCACUUUAUAAGGUUCAUGUGCACUUAUUCUUUAUACUUUCACUUUAUAAAGUUCAUGUGCACUCACAUUUCGCCAUUACUCAAAUUAAUUGCGAGCCAGAGACGGUGUACACUGCUCCACUCCUCGGUCUCCUCUCGUGUGUGU